CACCCCCCCUAGCCCAGACACGACGGCCCCUGUCGCGGCGCCGUAGCGGAGACCUCGCCCAGGCUGCAGGAUGGCGGCCAGAAGUCACUCGAGCACUGCGUACAUACCGGGGUGUGGGAUUUCCUCGGAUCCUUGUCAGUUCACAGUGGAUAGUGCCGGACGAGGGCUUCAGGGCUCAGAGCUAUGGGUGUGGGUGUGAAGUUAACUCCGCCGUAACAAUGGAGUCGACAAGGGAACCUGGGGACGCCGCCAUGUGGGUGACCCUGCCGACCAAGGGAACAGCUUCCAGAUACUUAAUCCGAAGGCUUCCCUUCUUCCUUAGCGAGCCAUGGAAGAUCCGCCGUUCUCGGACUCGAAAGAUCCUCACUCGGUCUCAGACAUUAUAUCAUCUCGCCUCACCCCCCUCUUGUUCCUUGGGCCUGGGAAUUCGGUUCUCACCUAAUCUUCGACUUCCCAACACACACCAGCCGAGAGGUGGUGAUCGACGACAGCCAUGUUCGCCAUGUCCCAACAUACGUACGCCUAUGCGGCGCAACCAGCUCCCGUCCCUACCCGGCACUACUCCAACCACAGCACCAGCAGCGCCUUCAGCAGCUCCGCAAACCCUGACGAGGACUGGACCAAGAUUUCCGAUCUUGCUGAGCGCAGGAGGAUACAGAACCGCAUUGCCCAGCGCAACUACCGCAAGAAGCUCAAGAAGCGCCUGGAGGAGCUUGAGAGACGGGCGGGGACAUCGGAUGGCAGCCCGCCGUCGGGCAAUGAGAAGGCGAGCCCGCCAGCCAAGACGAAGCGCACACAGACGCACAAGUCGCAGAGGCAAGCACCACCAUCUCCUGUGAAGCCGGCAAUGCAGGGUCAAUGUACGCCUCCUAUGAACCACGACGACGACUAUCUCUUCCCGCCAUCAUCCUACGACGAGCGGGAGCGGUCGCACACGCCUCCCAUGUUCACCUACUCGACGUACCCGCCGCCUCCGGAAGACAUGAUGAUGGCGCAGUACCCAGCCGUGCAAGGGUAUCGGCCGAUGCCGGGCGAGGCCUAUCCGGAGUACCUCUCGCCGCCGCCGGUGCCGGUGCCUGUGACGCUGCCAUCGCUGACGCACUUCAACGACGCCAUCAAGCGGGAGCCGGGCUACCCGGGCGGGUCGGGCGCCGAGGAGGGUCUCUCGUACAUGAGCUACAACGGCUACCAGCACAUUCCGGGGGUCGACAUGGGGCCCGCCGGACACCCGUCGCCAUACGAGCAGAUGCCACACACCCCGCCUCUUUCGCACUCCUAUGACCACUCCGCGGCCUGCUCCGACUCGGGCAGCUAUGAGGCCUAUCCCACCACGCCGCUCUCAAUGCCGGGCUCCCCCAGUAUGACGCAACAGCAGCCCUGAAAGGGGGAAAGGGGCAUUCUGGGCUGCCGCAGGAAGGCACAUG